AUGUCUUCCGUGCGAUCGUAUGUGUUGUCAGUGUUGGUCCACAUGUCGGCCACAAUAGUCUUCGGGUACUCUCUGUACUGGUGUUACACUAAUCCCGAUAUACCGACGAAGAAUCCGCGCGGAUCUAUGGCCUGGAGAUACAAAUACUUGACAUUUUGGGAUCUGGUCUGUAGUAGUGAUGAUCUGUUAUCUGCCAUUUGGUCCCCCGAUUGACAGUGUCUUGUCUUACAGUGGCUUCAAUUCAUCGCAUUCUCGUUAUGCCUGUUGUCCGACAUUUUAGGCCAACAAUCGAUAUCUUCGGGUUUCGUUAGACUUCGAGACACUGUCUUCAAUAGUCUCGCGCUUCCCAUCGGAUUCUUUGUUGUGACCACAUUCUGGGCUAUCUAUGCAUUUAAUAGGGAACUGGUUUUCCCGACGGGUGUUGAGAAAUGGUACCCCUCGUGGCUGAAUCACACCACUCACUCGAUUAUAUUGCCAUUACUAUUGUUGGAGUCAUAUCUGGUCCGACACUCGAGCGGUCGACAGCGCACGGCAUACCCACUACUCCUGUUGUCUGUAGUGAUU